CCCCCGCCUCUCUCGCACCUUCGUUCGAACCAUCAUGACGACUUCGCAAACGCAGAUCGCCACCGUCGCUGCCGGCUGCUUCUGGGGCGUCGAGCAUCUGUUCCGCAAGCAGUUCGGGGAGGGCAAGGGCCUGCUCGAUGCCAAGGUGGGGUAUUGUGGUGGGAAGACAGCUGAACCGACAUACCGGGCUGUUUGUUCGGGGGAGACAGGACAUGCCGAAGCGUUGCAGAUAAAAUAUGAUCCGGAUGUGGUCAGUUACCGCGCGCUGCUCGAAUUCUUCUACCGGAUGCACGACCCCACGACAGCAAACAGACAGGGUCCCGACGUGGGCACGCAGUAUCGCAGUGCGAUCUUCACGCAUGGCGCGGAGCAGGAAGGUAUCGCGCGCGAGGUGACCGAUAAAAUUGGUAGGGAGUGGUAUGCUGGGAAACCUGUCACCACGGCGAUCAUCGCGGCAGGACAGUGGUGGAACGCGGAGGAUUAUCAUCAGUUAUACCUGGCGAAGAAUCCGGCGGGAUACGAGUGUCCGGCUCAUUUUGUGAGGACGUUCCCCCCCCUGUCUUAGCUUUGACUGUUGGCAAUUGGCAGGCAUUGACUCGGUUGGUGUAUGCUAGCUGAUAUAGUGUAAUAAUUACAAUCGGAUUGAGGUUCAAUUCUGC